GCAGUAUGUCCGCGCCCCCUCUCUCGCUCCCGGCCCGCGCUCUCCUAGUUUCUACUUCUGCGGCAGGACAGCAUGGCGGGUACUGUAGGUGUCUCGAACGGACCAGAGACGUCUUUAAAUGGUGAGCCGGCUCCGAAACGACUUCGGGAGAUCCGAGAAGCAACGCUGGGCACCUCUGGGGAACCCCGAAAUCGAGUGACUGUGGUGUUGGGUGCACAAUGGGGCGACGAAGGAAAAGGGAAGGUGGUGGACCUAUUGGCUAUGGAUGCGGACAUCGUGUGUCGCUGCCAGGGUGGCAACAAUGCAGGGCACACAGUUGUGGUUGAUUCAGUGGAAUACAAUUUUCAUCUGUUGCCUAGCGGUAUAAUAAACAAGAAUGCUGUGUCUUUUAUUGGGAAUGGUGUUGUGAUUCAUUUGCCUGGAUUGUUUGAGGAGGCAGACAAAAACAUGAAGAGGGGAAAAGGUUUGGAGGGCUGGGAAGAGCGACUCAGGAUUUCAGACAGAGCACACAUCGUAUUUAAUUUUCACCAAGCAGCAGAUGGGGCACAGGAACAGCAAAGACAGGAACAGGCAGGAAAAAACCUAGGUACAACCAAAAAAGGAAUUGGACCAGCCUAUUCUUCCAAGGCAGCUCGGACAGGUUUAAGAAUUUGUGACCUUCUAGCAGACUUUGGAGAGUUUGAAAAAAAAUUCCGUGUAUUAGCAGGGCAGUAUCAGUCCAUGUAUUCUUCUCUUAAUAUUGAUGUAGAUACUGAGCUUGAGCAGCUUAAGAUGUAUGCAGAGCGUGUUCGACCUCUAGUCACAGAUGGUGUAUAUUUCAUGUACACAGCCCUACAAGGACCCCCAAAGAAGAUCUUGGUAGAAGGUGCCAAUGCUGCACUUCUUGAUAUUGACUUUGGGACAUACCCUUUUGUUACUUCUUCAAAUUGCACUGUUGGAGGAGUGUGCACGGGUCUUGGCGUACCUCCUAGAAAUGUUGGCAAAGUGUAUGGAGUUGUAAAGGCCUAUACAACCAGAGUUGGAGUUGGUGCUUUCCCUACUGAACAAGUCAAUGAGAUUGGAGACUUGCUUCAGAAACGUGGGUCUGAGUUUGGAGUGACAACUGGUCGCAAGCGGAGAUGUGGGUGGCUGGAUCUGGUCUUAGUCAAAUAUGCCCACAUGGUCAAUGGCUUUUCAGCCUUGGCGCUGACAAAGCUGGAUAUUCUUGAUGUGCUUAAAGAGAUCAAAGUUGGUGUAGCUUAUAAAAUAGGAGAUCAGAAGAUCGAAUAUUUUCCGGCAAAUAUGGAUGUUCUUAAUAAGGUUACAGUUGAUUAUGUCACCCUGCCGGGCUGGGAAACAAAUACAGAGAAUGUACGAUCCUUUGAAGAUUUGCCAAAGAAUGCCCAGGACUAUGUACACUUCAUAGAACAUUUCCUGUCAGUACCAGUUAAAUGGAUUGGAGUUGGCAAGUCUCGAGAAUCCAUGAUCAAGUUAUUCUAAAACAGAAGAAAGAACACUGUAUAUGUGAUGAAAUGACUUGGAUUUACAUAGUAGCAGGAAUUAAGAUGAUGAAGCACCACAUUUUGAUUUAUUCCUUCUGUAUAUUGAUAUAACAUAUUCAAACCCAUUUAUGGUGAGCAGUUUGCAGUCUCUGGCAUUUGAGAAAAACUAAUCAUCUGCUACCAGAGGUAGUGAUUGUCCGUUUUUUGAAUGUUUAAUACUUUUUAUGUUAUUUAGAGUGUCAAUGUUCUUUGCAAUUUAUUAAAUGUGUGUCAAUGAACAAUGAAGUUUUAUUUUAAAUAUCUGAAAUUUAAAUUGUUGCUCAUUAGUGUUGUAGUAAAAUUCAUAUUCCCUUUCUAAAAACAGAAUCAAAAUGUUAGUUUCCACCUUUAUGAAAUACAAGUAAAAGUAUACUUCAAGCCUUUCAGCUGCUUAUUGGGAAUAACUUUAGCAUCUAACUCCAAUAUUUCAUCAGAUUCUCUUUUGAGAAGUACUAAAAAAAAAUAUGGCUUUCUUGCAGAGCCUUUUGGCAAAUGACCAUAUGCUAGUUUGUAAAAGGAACUAUUUUUCAUAAAAAUCAUUUUGAAAACCUUUCAAUUGAAAUAAAAUUUAAUAAUAAAAACCAAA